CAUGUACACGCCAGCAGGUUUACAUGUUAAAAUAAAGCUCCAGCAGCUGUUCUGGCUCCUGUGUAAUCGAUAGUAUGCUACAUUAUUUUCACAUCGACCAUUACUGAAAGUGGAGCGGUUGCAGUGAAGUCUUUUGGUACAACAUUAUAGUCGGUGAGCGAUGACUGUACUCGGGGCUGCGCAUGCGCGGUAGAAGCCCCGGAGCCGCAGGAGAUCAGAGCUGCGCUCCGAAGUAGCCCACAGGACAGGGACAACGCUAUGAGUGCCAAAGUGAACAUGGAGGCUCCGCCCAAGGAGCCCGAUCACACCCCGUCCUCCUCGUCCCCCGCCGAGGCCGUCCUCAUCUGCGGCACGGAUGGAGUGGCCAGGAAAGCGCGGCCCCCGACGCACACCACCACAGCCCUGCUCCUGCCGGCUCCCGCUCCCGGCCAUCAGAAGGUGGAGGUCACUCCAGCUGUCGCCGUGGGUGACCCAGGUAAACGGGCUGGCGAGCUGGCCACGCCCACUCUGACCGCGCAGGUGGGUGGAGCGUGUAGCAUCGUGCACGUCCUGGAGUGGAAGGAGGGCAUGGCUAUUCUGCCCAGCAGCAACCUCAAGUUCUGUGUGAGCGAUGUGGGUACGCUGAGCACCCUGAUCGCUCCAGGGACCACCAGCGCCAACGCUGAACCGGCGGCGGGGACUUCUGGGCGAUCCGUUAACGCAGAGAGCUCUCCAGCGGGCAAGCUAGACGCGUCUCUUGGUUCUGUGAGAGGAGCAGCCGUCGAGCCGGAGCGGUCGGUCCCGGUCAAACCUGAAGUCCAUGUCGGACCAGCGCAGCUGAACCACGAGCCCAGGGCUCCGCGGGUUUACACGGAGGAGCUGCGCAGGGAGCCCAUCACGGACAAGAGGAGCGUCGGGGUGGAGAAGGUGCCGGCUGGCGGGAGGGUGUCCUCCCUUAACCCCGACCACCUGAAGCCCAUGAGGAAGAGGAAGAGGAAGGAGUACCUGAGCCCGUCGGAGGAAGACUCUGACAUCGAGGGCACGGAUGAGAAGAUGGAUGAUUCUAAGGCAGACAGCAGGCACAUCAGAGGAGCUGGAGACAGUAAGACGGAACACUGGACGUGGGCUCUGUAUCUGGAUGAAACCAAAGCUGUGGCUGCUCCCAACAAGCUCUUCCAAGAGUCCCAGAGGGUGCCAACGGUGAAGAACGGCUUUAAACAGGGGAUGAAGCUGGAAGGCAUCGACCCACAGCAUCCGUCCAUGUACUUUGUUCUCACUGUGGCGGAGGUCUGUGGUUACCGGCUGAGGCUCCAUUUCGACGGCUACUCCGACUGCCACGACUUCUGGGUCAACGCCAACUCCCCGGACAUUCACCCCGCGGGCUGGUGCGAAAGCACGGCGCACAAACUCCACACUCCCAAAGGCUGUAAAGAAGAGGAAUUCACUUGGAGCAAUUACCUGAGGAUGACGAAAGCACAAGUAGCUCCCAAAGAGCUGUUCGCCAGUCCUGGGAGGAUCGAUGUGAAGUGUGGUUUUGACAUAGGAACGAAGCUGGAGGCCGUCGACCGCAUGAACCCCUCCCUCAUCUGUGUAGCAACCGUCACCGACGUGGUGGACGACCGCUUCCUGGUCCACUUUGACAACUGGGACGACACAUAUGACUACUGGUGUGACGCUAGCAGUCCGUACAUUCACCCCAUUGGCUGGUGCCAGGAGAGGAACCUUCCCCUAACACCCCCUCAAGACUAUCCAGACCAGGCCCGGUUCUCUUGGUCUCACUACCUGGAGGAGACUGGUUCUAAGGCUGUGGCUGCAGAGGCCUUUAAAGUGCGCGCUCCCCACAGCUUCCAGACAAAGAUGAAGCUGGAGGCUGUGGACAAGAGAAGUCCAGGUCUGAUCAGAGUGGCCACAGUGGAGGAGGUCGAGACUCAUCGGAUUAAGGUCCAUUACGACGGUUGGAGUCACGUCUACGACGAGUGGAUGGACUCGGAUCACCCCGACAUCCACCCAGCGGGCUGGUGUGAGGCGACCGGGCAUCCGCUGAAAGUUCCCCCGCGGGACACGAAGGCGCCGCAGCCACACGGAGUGAAGGAGCCCUCGGUCACAGGCCAGACCACCUACCCGUCCUCUGUCCCCUGUAAACCCAUCAGUCACCCAAGAACCAACAAGUACAGCUUUCACAACAGGCCAUGUCCCACGCCGGGCUGUGACGGUUCGGGCCACGUGACCGGCCGCUUCACCGCCCACCACUGCAUCUCCGGCUGCCCGCUGGCCGAGCGGAACCAGGGCCGGCUGAAGGCCGACCUGUCCGACUCUGAGUGCAAGAGGAGCCUGUUCUUCGGCCAGAGGACCAAGAAGAGCCAUUACCGCGGCAGGAUUGGUCGCCCUCCCAAAUACAGAAAGAACCAACAGAGAGACUACCAGAGUAUGGCCUCGGAGGGCGUCUACCCGUCUCUCUUCAUGUCGGCUCUGAGCGCCCACUCGGACCGGACCCUGUCUCUGUGCUGGGAGCAGCACUGCAAGCUGCUGCCCGGCGUUCAGGGCAUUCACGCCAGCCAGGUGGCGGCCUGGAGUGUGGAAGAAGUCUUCAGGUUUGUCCAGAAUCUGAUCGGGUGCGAAGAACAGGCUCGCCUCUUCAAAGAAGAGAUGAUUGACGGGGAGGCCUUCCUGCUGCUGACCCAGACCGACAUCGUGAAGAUCAUGAGCAUAAAGCUCGGCCCCGCCCUCAAGAUCUCCAACGCCAUCCUCAUGUUCAAGAGCACAGACGAGGGGCUCAAGUGACCCCUCCCCCGGGCGGCGGGGGCGCCGGCCCGCUGAUCAUCAUGUGCCAAAUUCAUUCUGUCACAGGGCGGAGACCCUGGCCCCUUUUUCAUGUGUUUGGUGUCUUUACCCAUCAGAGAGAGAGGGAGGGGAGGGCGGCGGGGGUGAUGUCCAGUCAGGACAGGUGAACUUAGGAUGUUUGAGGGGGGAGAACGUCGUGAGUCUGUGUGGAUCGAAAGAGACUGAGGCAAUUAAAGAGGAAACGUCAGGCGGUUAAGAUCAGGUUAAGUGAUGCCAAACCUCUGAAUGCGAUAGCAUUUGAUUUUACAUAUUGUAGACUGUAUAUACAAACAUUUGACCGUCUGCAGAGGAUUUGGAUGAAAUCUUUAAAGGGACACUGGCAGGAAGCUAGUUUGUGCCAAAUUUAAAUAAACAUACGGUUUAGGCUGACUUGAGGUCAGUUUAUGAUGGUGUGACAGACAGCAGCUGAAUCCAAGGUUGACCCAGGCUAAAGGUCUGAUGUCAGUCAGGCUCCUACAAGCUCCAAGGCUUUGUGCAAUAGAACAAAUGAAGGCAGAAGUACCAUGUUCACUGUAUUCACCUCGUUUUACUGCUCCCAACUCUGUGUGAAAUGGAAUAAGCUACUUUGUUCGGACUGUUAUUUGUCAGAUGAGAAACAAACCUCGAUCUGAGCCUCGACGUCAUCUGUGUUAUCUGCCUCAAAGUCCUCCAGACUGCACUUCAUCACCGAUAAUGAUGAUGAUGAUGAUAAAACUUGAGCGAUGCAGGAUCUGUCAUUUCAAAUGCUACUUAAAACUCCCAAUUAAGCAAUGUUUGAGUUUUUAGUCUGUUUUGAACUUUUCAAAAGUCCAAAAUAUGUUUUUUGCUGUUUUGUUAAUAGAUUAUUACAUAGGGCACUUUGAUCCAUGUCUUAGCACAAUUGUGAAAAACAAAUCGGUGGCGCAGUGAUUCCCACACUUGGCCACUAGAGAGUGGGAACAUCCACAGUUUAGCACCAGGAGCCUGGACUGAAAAGGUGGAGACGGUGAAACUCUCUGCAGUUUACAGGCGACAGCAGCUCCGUGCAGAGCAAGCUCUUUGAAAUGUUUACAUUUUCUGUCCGAACGCGUUGAAAGAUGCUGUUUGUAUUCGAUAUCGUGAGACCAGGUUUAUAUUGCUGGAAUGUUUUAAGGGCUCUUGGAAUCUCGAAUAUUGUGUCUAUUGUGCGUCUCUCUGGUGGGAUUUGUGUGUGCGUGUAUGCGUGUCAAGAUAAUCUUGGGUCGCAACCUUCAUUCAAUCCAUAUGAAUUAAUAAAUGUCCAGCGUUGUCUCGUC